GCAUAAAAUCCCACUUGGUGGCUGAAGACUCGGGCUAAAACAAGCUUAACUUCGGCAAAAAUGCUUGAUCCUACUAAAUCUCCGCCCAUAGAGAUCUUGAUCAAUCUGCCAGAUUUCAAGCCCCCAUCGUGCUCAGCAGCAACGGUAUAUCGCCUUACCCUCCCUGGGAACAUCUCUCAACUGCUGGAAACUCUCUCUUCUAUCUCUCGGAACAGCAUGCUCGACCUCGCAUGGGCUGCGAUUCGGCCAACCGGACAGGGCAAGGGACGAGAUAGCAAUGGUGUUCUUGACUUGGCGCACUGCUGUGGACUUUUGCCCGAUACACACAUGCUCCGGCUAUCGGCUCUUGACUGAUGCACAAAGUGCAACCACCUACCUUCUUUCUCCGACGCGGGGAGCACUUAAACUGGCGGAGUAAGAUGUUCAGCCAAGCGAGGCAACGAUCGCCCUAUAUCACCACAGAACAGUAUUUAAAAGAUAAAAACUUGACAUAGUUAAAGAAAGAUUGUCCGGAACGGUAAAUCUUGUGAUGACUGCUUUAUGCUGACGCUUGAUCUUCUCUCUUCAUCUGCUUCAUCUGCUUCAUAUGCUUCAUAUGCUUCGUUCCCUC